CCAAAGGCACUACAAGUCCGUGCGAUACCUUCAAAGCUCGGCCCGCUUAAUUCAGAACUUGUUUUCUUUCCCCACGAUCCCAUCAUUACCCAUUCUUUCCACCUUCAAUUCCUCCCAAACCCUCACGAUGGCUUCAUUCAUGCGCAUGAAGGCCGCAACAGGCCUUUCCGGCCUAUCACGCGUCGCCAUCUCCCGAGCCCAACCCAUCGCUAGCCUCACACACAGCGCCAUCCUCUGCCAGCGCGAUCCCCAACGCCGACUGUUCAGCAACUCCAGUAUCUUCAAUGGCUCGUAUAUCGUCUCUGUACCACCAAUGGCUGAGUCCAUCACCGAAGGAACGUUGGCUAGCUUGCCCAAGAAGAUUGGAGAGGCGGUUGAGCAGGACGAGGAGAUUGCUAGUAUUGAGACGGACAAGAUCGAUGUUCUCGUCAAUGCUAGCGAGCCUGGUUCUAUCGCUGAGUACUUUGCUGAGGAGGGCGAUACCGUUGUUGUUGGACAGGAUCUUGCGCGUAUCGUGACGGGCGAGGAUGCUGGUUCUGUUAAGAAGAGCGAGGGCGAGGAGCAAAAACCUAAGGAGGAGCCUAAGAAGGAGGAGUCAAAGCCUGCUGAGCAGCCCAAAGCUGAGGAGAAGCAAUCUGCUCCUGCUGCUGAGGCCCCCAGGCCUUCAAAGCCUGCUGAGUCGAAGCCUGCGCCUAAGGAGUCAAAGCCUGCACCUCCCGCCCAAGGCUCAUCAAGCGGUCCCUCUCGCGGCGAGCGAGUCGAGAAAAUGACACGCAUGCGCAAGACCAUCGCCGCCCGUCUCAAGCAAUCCCAAAACACCUGCGCCUCCCUAACAACCAUCCAAGAAGUCGACAUGACGAACAUCAUCGCCUGGCGCGCCAAGUACAAAGAAGAAGUCGCUGAAGAGCACGGCGUUCGACUGGGUUACAUGGGCGCUUUCACAAAAGCUACUACACUCGCCGCGCAAAAAGUUCCCCAGAUCAACGCUAUGAUCGACACAGAGAAGGAGAUCAUCACGUAUCGCGAUUAUGUCGAUGUUAGUAUUGCUGUUUCGGCGCCUAAGGGCUUGGUUACGCCUGUUUUGAGAAAUACGCAUGAGUUGAGUAUUGUUGAGUUGGAGAGGGAGGUUGCUAGUGCUGCUAAGAAGGCUCGUGAUGGAAAGCUUACCAUGGAGGACAUGGAGGGCGGAAGCUUCUCCAUCAGCAACCCCGGUAUCUUCGGCUCCAUGUUCGGAACUCCCGUUAUCAACUACCCCCAGGCCGCUGUGUUCAACAUGAACGGCAUCCGUCAAGAAGUCGUCGCCAUCAAGGGCGAGGCCGUCAUCCGACCCAUGAUGUACAUCAGCUUGACCUACGACCACCGUCUCAUUGACGGCAGAGAGGCUGUCACCUUCUUGAACACUGUCAAGAAGUACAUUGAGGAUCCUUCGCGCAUGCUGCUUGUCUAAAAAGUUGUUGUGUUAGAGUAGAGUAGAGAGUUCAUUUGUAUGCUAGAGCGAUUGGGUUUAGACGGAGGAAUGGACAUUAUUCUGCAUGGCUGGCGCUUUUGUAGAGUUGGAGUAAUGCAGAUAUUUACUACGUCGCAUGUAUGUGUUUCUGUCGUGCGAUUUAGGACGUGAGGAGACCUAGAUAAAUACUGUGUCUAUGAUCCAAGCCAUUCCCAACUUAUGAGUACAUCAUAGCGCUUAAGGUUAAAAGCAAAGUUUCCGCCCAAAUGGCAUAAGCUGGCCACAAGGAGAGAUCUGUUUUUUGAACCCGGAGCCGUGCUUCAACAUCCGGUUGUGUCUGCAAUGUGCGGACCAUACUCUACGCCGUAAUCU